UUGAAAAUGAGCCAAGAAAAAAUUGACAUAUUUGAAAGUAAGUUGUCAGAAGAGAGAGAGAGGAGAAAGCAAUCGACAUCUGAUCUUAAUACUGUACAGAAGGCUUUGAAAGUUGAUAGUGAGGAGUUGCAAAAAUCAAGGUCAGAACUUAUAUGCCUUUAUAAUGAAAUUCAAAGUCUUCCAAGGGCAGCAGAAUACAGAGACAAUUAUUUAAUAACAUAUGACCUGCUACAAAGAGAGAAUUCUGAAUUAGAAACAAAGGUCUUGAAGCUUUCACAAGAAUUUGAACAAUUAAAUCAUUUUACUGUAGAGAGAAAAACUGCAGCUACUAAUUUAAUUACAGGUGAAAAUAUCUGUAAAGAUCAUGUGUCUAAAGAACCAAUUUUGGAAGUAGAGAUUCAAAACCCAAAGGAAGAGGAAAAGGAACUCUGUCCUGAACUAGGAGAAAGUAAGCAGAAGGAAAUUCCUGAGGAGUCAGUAGAGGAGGGCACUUUGCCAAAAGAGAGGCAGGAGGAGGAGGACUCACAACAGAACCAAGAUAUGAAAGGCGGAGAACAACAGUUGACCUUGAAGCCUGAGGAAACUGUGAGGCUUAGAAAAGAGCUGAAUUGUAUAAAUCGGAGCUUCCUUCCAUCUCAGAGUUCUGGGGAUAGUUCAGAUGACAGUGGUACCCAGUAUCUAUCAUCUGGAGAAAAACAGAAAUACCAGCAGCAAGAGGAUAUACAACAGCUUCGCCAGAAUUUACAUCGGCUCCAGAUUCUGUGCAGCUCAGCCGAAAAAGAGCUCCGGUACGAGCGAGGAAAGAAUUUGGACUUAAAGCAGCAUAAUAGCUUACUUCAGGAAGAAAGCAUUAAGAUCAAAAUUGAACUAAAGCAGGCCCAGCAGAAGUUAUUAGAUGGUACAAAGAUGUGCUCUUCACUCACAGCAGAAUGGAAGCACGGUCAGCAGAAAAUCAGGGAACUGGAGCUGGAGGUACUUAAACAGGAUCAGAGCAUUAAAUCACAGGACAACCUGAAGGAAAAGCUGGCUCAAGAGAAAUCAAAAGUCGCUGAUGCAGAGGAAAAGAUUUUGGAUCUGCAGCAGAAAUUAGAACAUGCUCAUAAAGUCUGUCUCACAGACACUUGUAUUUCGGGAAAGAAGCAACUAGAGGAAAGGAUAAAGGAAGCACUAGAAAAUGAAGCUAAGACAAAGCAACUAUAUCAGGAGGAACAACAGAAGAGGAAACUCCUAGAUCAGAAUGUAAAUGAGCUACAAAAGCAAGUGAGAAUCUUACAAGAUAAAGGGAAUCAACUGGAAAUAACCAGUUCUCAGCAACAAUCCAGAAUUCAGCAACAGGAGGCCCAACUUCAAAAAUACUUGGAAAACAAGAAAGAAAAAUCAGAUGAGCAUCUCAAGAGCAACGGAGAACUGUCAGAAAAGCUGUCCAAGUUGCAGCAAGAGAAGGAAGCACUGUGUAAAGAAUAUGCGCAACUUUUGAAGCAGAUGGAUGCCCAUAUGAGAGACUUCAAUGAGAAACAUCACCACCACAAAGUCAAGCUUGGCCGAGUCAAGAACCUUUUACUUCAGGAAGUAGAGCUGCGAGAAAAGAGAAUUGAGCAUUUGGAAAAUGAAGUCAGAAUCCUGCAGCACCAAGUGGAAAAGGAGAAGGCAUUCCAGGACAAGAUCAUUGCUCAAAAUGAUAUACUGCUCCUAGAGAAAAGGAACCUUCUGGAAAAACUCACAGAGAAAGAAGAAUUAAUCAAGAGCAAUAAAGGGGUAACAUCAUCAGUCCAGAACAAAGUACUUCUCCUGGACAAAGAAAAUAAGCAUUUGCAGGAAACCAGUCUCUGGCUCAAACACCAGGUUGGCUUCUUAGAGAGUAUCAUAAGGAGCAUCCAGAUUCGCAGAGAAGAGGAGACAAAAAUUAGUAACAUCCCUGAAUUUGAAGUAUUUUAUAAAAUCUUGCCCCUUCCAAACUCCAGUUUUUCAGGAACAGGUUUGGUAGAGUCAGAUGGAAGUCUUCAAGGGAUUGAAGAAAAUAAGUCAGAAGAAGCAAUGCCAAACCCCAAGUCCUCCAAGUCUCUUUCAUGUUCACAGAAUUCUAAAGCUGGAUAUGUAAAUGUGCCUUUUCUUAAAGAGACACAUUGCAUCGUAGAAGAAGACCAGAAGUCAGAACUAUAACAUCAUUGGUGGCUAAACUAGGCUGAUCAAAGCUGCUAACUUAAAGCUUGGGCAUGAAGGUGGAACAUGACAUGGAGAACAGUUACCACAGAUCCUCAUGGGACAUCAACCAGGAGCCUUCAGAAUUGCUGAUAAAUUCAUUAAACCAGUUGUAAAAAUG